CUCCUCCGCCGCAAGUCCCUCCCCAAGCCUGCAGAGGGCGCUGCGUUUCGGUGAGCCGGGAGGUGGCGCCGCUCUAGCCAGCGCCUGGGCUCUGUGGCGGGCGCCGCAGCUCCGCAUCCCCCGCGCCUCCUCCCAGCGCAGACUUCGAGGGCUACCACUGGACCCUUCCCCUGUCUUGAACCCUGAGCCGGCACCAUGCACGGACGCCUGAAGGUGAAGACGUCAGAAGAGCAGGCGGAGGCCAAAAGACUAGAACGAGAGCAGAAGCUGAAGCUAUACCAGUCAGCCACCCAGGCCGUCUUCCAGAAGCGCCAGGCUGGUGAGCUGGAUGAGUCAGUGCUGGAACUGACAAGCCAGAUUCUGGGAGCCAACCCUGAUUUUGCCACCCUCUGGAACUGCCGACGAGAGGUGCUCCAGCAGCUGGAGACUCAGAAGUCUCCUGAAGAGUUGGCUGCUCUGGUGAAGGCAGAACUGGGCUUCCUGGAGAGCUGCUUGCGGGUGAACCCUAAGUCUUAUGGCACCUGGCACCACCGAUGCUGGCUGCUAGGCCGCCUGCCUGAGCCCAACUGGGCCCGAGAGCUGGAGCUCUGUGCCCGCUUCCUGGAGGUGGAUGAGCGGAACUUUCACUGCUGGGACUAUCGGCGGUUUGUGGCCUCACAGGCAGCCGUGCCCCCUGCAGAAGAGCUAGCCUUCACUGACAGCCUCAUCACCCGAAACUUCUCCAACUACUCGUCCUGGCAUUACCGCUCCUGUCUCUUGCCCCAGCUGCACCCCCAGCCGGAUUCUGGACCACAGGGGCGCCUCCCUGAGGAUGUGCUGCUCAAAGAGCUGGAGCUGGUGCAGAAUGCCUUCUUCACUGACCCCAAUGAUCAGAGUGCCUGGUUUUAUCACCGUUGGCUCCUAGGCCGAGCUGACCCCCAGGAUGCACUGCGCUGCCUGCAUGUGAGCCGGGACGAGGCCUGUCUGACUGUCUCCUUCUCUCGGCCCCUCCUAGUGGGCUCCAGGACGGAGAUCUUGCUGCUCAUGGUUGAUGAUUCUCCCCUGAUUGUGGAGUGGAGGACCCCAGAUGGCAGGAACCGGCCCAGCCAUGUCUGGCUCUGUGACCUGCCUGCUGCCUCCCUCAACGACCAAUUGCCCCAACAUACAUUUCGCGUCAUUUGGACAGCAGGUGAUGUCCAGAAAGAAUGCGUGCUUUUAAAAGGCCGCCAGGAGGGCUGGUGCCGGGACUCCACCACGGACGAGCAGCUAUUCAGGUGUGAGCUGUCAGUGGAGAAGUCCACAGUGCUGCAGUCUGAGCUGGAAUCCUGUAAGGAGCUGCAGGAGCUGGAGCCUGAGAAUAAAUGGUGCCUGCUUACCAUCAUCCUGCUCAUGCGGGCACUGGACCCCCUGCUGUAUGAGAAGGAGACCCUGCAGUACUUCCAGACCCUCAAGGCCGUGGACCCCAUGCGGGCAGCAUAUCUGGAUGACCUGCGCAGCAAGUUCUUGCUGGAGAAUAGCGUGCUCAAGAUGGAGUAUGCCGAGGUGCGUGUGCUGCACCUGGCUCACAAGGAUCUGACAGUGCUCUGCCAUCUGGAACAGCUGCUCUUGGUCACCCAUCUUGACCUGUCACACAAUCGUCUCCGAACCCUGCCACCUGCACUGGCUGCCCUGCGCUGCCUUGAGGUGCUGCAGGCCAGUGAUAAUGCCAUAGAGUCCCUGGAUGGCGUCACCAACCUACCCCGGCUGCAGGAGCUGCUACUGUGCAACAACCGUAUCCUUCCUUCUGGGUGCCUUUCAGACAGUGGGCUGGAUUUCCACCUUAUCAUACCCUCCACCACUCCCUGAUACUACACCAGUCUGCUUGGGGUGUUGCGGCUCAUUCUUGCUUGGCUGACCCUGUGGGCAGAUGUUUGCAGUCCCUGCCUGGAGCCUGACUCCCUCCAGGGAGCACAUGAGAUGCCCAUCAAACAGACUUCCAGGCAACAGUCCCCGGCUCUUGAGGGUACACAGGAGCAAAUGAAUUGGGAGGAACCUGCCAAGCUUUCCUUGA